AUGGGAGAGAGAGAGCGGCCCGCGGUCCCUCUCUUCGCCGGCGCCGUGGGCUCCGCCGGGCUUGACACGGGCGCGCUUCGGGCUUCACUUCUCCCUCUGAAUAACGCAGACGCGUCCCGCCAGCCGGCCGCCGCCCCCGCAGGCCUCAGCGCGCGUUCACCGCGGCCGCCGACGACGCCUGCGGACGCACAAGAGCACCGCGCCCCCGCAUCUGGUGCCUCCCUGCCUCUGCUGGCGGAAGAGAGCGAAGUCGAAGAGGUCGAGUGCGAGGGCAGCCGCCAGGGGGACGGAGGGCACCAUGGCAGCUCGGAGGCGCGCCACAGGAGCAGGAGGCGCAGCAGCGAUGACGCAUGCGCAGCGAGAGGAGGCGACCGCGAGGACGGGCCUGAGGGAGCCGACGAAGAGGGCGCGGGUGCCGACGAGCACAUGCGCGUCUGGCGUCGAAUGGGGCUGCCAUUUAUCGAUGAAGAAGGAUACGUGGACGUCACCUUUCUUCUGCACCAAGCGCUGCCGCAGCAUCUGGCCCCCGGAUGGGAGAUUCGCGGCGAGGAUUUCCGCUCCGAGAUCGCGAUGCAGGCUGUGGAGCUGGGCGAGCCGCUGAUGGACGUCGGGUACAACUUGGCGGCCUUCGCAGCCUCCGAGAGGGCUGCGCUCGACGCCUCCUCCUCCUCCCCUCCUUCUUCUUCCUCUUCCCCAUCUCCCUCUCCUUCCUCUUCCUCUCCUUCUUCUUCCUCUCCGUCAUCCUCUUCUUCUGCUUCUUCCUCUGGGUCGCCCCCCGCGUCGUGCGCCGCGCCGGCGCGAAGCAUGCGGGCCCGUCUGGCCUUCCAGUCUCGGCUUGCGGCGGGGGAGGUUUCCUCUGUCGAGAUGAGUCACGUGAUGUUUCGGUUGCUGCGGCUGGUGCUGCCCACGCUGACCGAUGGCAAGCACUUUGCGCAGACAAUCCUCCAGUGCGUCUGCUUCCAUGUGCCGCUGCAGGCGCUGAUUGACAAGCGGAAGCGACUCGCGCGGGUGCCGUGGGGCCGAGAAGGGGGCGAGGACCAAACCCCCGGGCACGGACGCGAAGAAAAAGAGGAUAAAGAUUUCGAGGCCGACAUGUUGCUCCUACGCAAGCUGCCGCUUCUGCAGGCCUUCUGCCGGUGCCUGCUGCACGCCUGCCUCACGCUCGACGAGAUCCUCCAGGGCGGACGCCUUGAUCGGCUUAUAUUCGACGAAGAUCACCGCAGCUUCUGGCCCGACCGGCGGCUCCACCAGCUCGCCGAGCGCCGCCAGCUGGAUCUCACCUUGGUGCAGUGCGAUUCCGCCGGCGUAGACUCCGAGGCGUCCUCCGAAAAGGAAGCAGAAGAUGAGGCGCGCGACAAAGACGCCGAGGACGAUGAAGACGAUGCGAAGCAGGGAGCCGCCGGCUGCGCCCUGCGUGAGCGAGAGGGAAAAGAGAGUUUCUUGUUCCAGGACUCCCUCGCAGAGACCUGGCUCGUCGGUGGGGUCUCGGUCGACUGCCUGGCGGACAUGGAAGGCGGGCGACCGGCCCCUGCGCUUCGCCACCUUGCGCGCGAGCUGUCGAAAUUCCUCAAAAAACCCAAGACGCCGCCGCAGACGCCUUCGCAGGCAGCCGAAGACCGAAAAGCAGAAGAGAGCAUCGCCUUCUCUUGUCGCUUCCUCCUGAAUCUCCUGCGACUCCUCCUGCGUCUGCAGCGCACGGAGGCUGGGCUGGCGUGGGCCAAGGCCGCGUCGCUUGGGCGACGUCGCUCUGCUCCUGGGGCGGCGCUCAGCCCUGCGGACCGCCGCGGAGAGGAGACGCUAGACGCGCAGGACGCGAAUCGAGGAAACGGACUGCGUGGCGGUGCCGAAGAACGAGAGGGAGAAGACGCGAGCCCGCCGGAUGUAGACUCGCGAGAAAACCAGCGGCGGCGCAUCGUCGCAGUUGCGCUCAACAGCCUGCGGAGCGGCCAGAAGAGAAUCGCGCGCCUCCUGCGCCUUCUCGAGAGAGAGCGCCUGCGGCUGGAGCUCGGCGAAGAGGGAAGAUCGCGGGACGCCAAGAGAGGAGAAAAACAAGUUAUUCCAGACGGGGUCACGCACCUCCUGCGCGCAGGCAGCGAGAGAAACGCCGAAGACGACGACGGCGGCAUUUCUCUUCUCUGGUUCGAUUCAACUCUUCUGCAGCAGGCAGGCGUCCUCCCGCUCCAGCCCGUCGAGGUGAGAAAGACGCGCUCGCGGCGCUGGGGGUUCGAGAAGCAGCGCCGCCUUUGCGCCGGCGAAUGUGCUCAGAAAUAUGCGUCUCUGCGCAAGUCACGCAGGGAAGAUGUCGGCUGGCGCUAUAGACAGGCAAGCCGACGGCUUGAAGCGUCGUGUCGCAUCAUUGGUUCACUGCUGCGCUAUGCUUCUGUCCAUCUGCCUCGCCAGCCGCCGUCGUCCCGCGAGUUCGUCAGCGUCAUGGCUGCGAUUUUGGGGCGCUUGGCGCGGAUGCUGAGAACUGCCGAGGACGCCGUCUCGCUUCUUCUUCAUCCUGACCCCCUUGCUCUUUCCAUCUCUUCGCCGUCGCGGCCGUGCCGGGCGCGCACUGCUGCGUCCGCUCUCAGCUGCGCGCCGCCUUCUUCGUCGGCGUUUUUCCCCUCCACCUCGCCCCGCUGCGCGUGUCUCUCUCCCGCGCUGCGAGGCUGGUCCGCGGGCGUCUUCUCGCCUUUUCUUCUGCAGCAGUUCGACGCGCUGCGGCCCGCUCCCCCCUGCUCUUCUCCCCCGAAGAAGCCCUCGCCUCUGGACGCCGUCGCCGUGGGUCGCCUCGCGCGCGGCGCCGAUCUCCUCAGGCUGAGCUCCCUCGUUCCCUCCUUCUCCUCUGCGCGCUGCGCAGCUGCGUGCUUCUGUCCUUCGUCUCCUCGCGCGUCUGCGCAGCUCGCGGUGUCGCCCUCGGCUGCCGCCGCGAGCUGCGCCGCGGUUUCCGCCCCGUUUCCGCGCGCCGCCCUCGCGGACGACGUCCCGCUGCUGCGCGUCGCGGGUCUGCGCCUCCUGCAGCUCGCCGUGGCCGCCGCCGAGGAGUGCGACCUGCGCGAAGACUGCGCCGGCCUCCUGCACCGCCUCCUCGUCGCCCUGCGCCGCCGCGGCGGAGGGGCGCGCGCGGCCGCCGCGCCUCAAGAGGCAGAAGGAAGCUGCGCGGAAGUCGCUCAAGGCCAGCAGGGGGCGUUUGAAGGCGCGGCGGCGUCGGCCGUGGCGCAGGAGGACUCGCGCCCGCGAUUCUGGCCGCGUGAAGCCGCCCUCUUCGUCCUCGCCCACUGCGCAGAGGACGAUGCGUGUGCGCGUCGAGAGGGGGAAGACGCCGAGGCGCCGGUGGAGAAGCCUCUGGAAGACGCAAAAGCGACAGCCGCCGCGCAGCAGGCGCUGGACAUCUUCGUGGAGAGGCUGGCGGAGGCACUCGAGUCGACCUCGAAAAGUUGGUUCCUGGGCCUCCCGCGCCACCACCGCGACCUCAAGCGCUGCAUGCGGCAGGCGGGAGACGUCCUCCAGGCUGCGCUCGUCUGCGACGCGGCGCUGGCGUCCUUUCCCCCCCGCAGACGCGAAUCGUCUGCCUCCUCUGGAGCCUGCGACCCGAACUCGCUUUCGCCGUCUCCUGGUGCUGCGGGCUCGCCCUGCGUCGCCUCUGUCGCCGCCCUGCGGCUGCUCCUUCUUCAGCAGCGCCAGCGCCUUCUUCUCUCUUUCUCCCUCGAGCUCCUUCGGCCGCAGGAAAAGUGCCUCGUCUUCUGGUUCCUCUUCGUUUUGGAGCUGACGGAGACGCAGCUCUGCAGGCUUUCUCUGUCUGCAUCGCCAGAGACGCCCAACGCCUGCGUCUCGCUCGAGGCGCUGCUGCAUCCGCAGAGCGACGCCGCGCGGGCGACGUCAGUCCACCGCGGAGCCGAAAGGGCCGCGGCGCGGCCGACGGAGAAGCGCCAAGCGGUGCAGGACGCAGCGUCUGAGGAGGCGGCCGCGGAGGGAGAGGACGGGCGACGCGCAGAAGGGGCAGGUGUCUGGUCCGAGGUCGCGCCGCCGCCGUCGUGGCUGUCGUUUUUCUGCCUUUUUGUGUUCGCGAGUGUGGCGACCGUCAAGUGGGGGCAGAGACUCGCCAGUCUCUCGCACGGCCUUCUUUUCUUCCUCUCGCAGGCCUACAGCGCCAGGAUCGAGCCCCUCGUCGCGCGGUUGCGGGAUCUCUCAGUCGCCGCCUCGGCCUCGCCUGACCUGGGCAGCAGUCCUUUGUCCUCGCUUCCGCUUCCCUCGCCCCUCUCGGCCUUUGCACGGCCGCGCGAGGCAGAGGGCGCCGAGCUCUCCACCAAUGGGGACUCCGAGUCGAAGGCCGCGGCACGGGGAAGUCCGCCGCCGCUGUGGGAGAGGUUCGCUCUCGACGUUUUCGUGCGCGCCGUGGAAAUCCUGAUGCAGGACCCUCGGCGCUCUGUCGCAGCGUGUGUCGAGCUUCUUUCCAACGUCGCAGCCUCCGCGCGCGAAGAAAAAGGCGGCGACAAUGUGGCGGAGGAACGCGCAGAGGCAGCGAGGGAGAGGGCAGAGAGGCGUGGAGCUUGCAGCGAAUGUUGGGGCGCGAUAAAGCAACUCGCAGAUGAGGAAGCUGCGUUCACACACAACAUUGUUUUGGCCACGGGCAGGGCAGUUCUGCGGGCCCUCAACGGAGAGGGGGAGGGCCCUGAGAGCGAGGAAGAGAGAAUUGCGUCGGCGCUGGAAUUUCUGAAGGCGUAA